AUGGAUCGUUUGCAUCGCAUGCUCCAAGCAGCCCAGGGCAUGGGCGUUGGAGGGAAUAAUGGAGAUAUCCCCAACCUCAUCGAUAACUCCGAAACCGUCCACAUCUCAUCGCUCGCUCUGCUGAAGAUGCUAAGACACGGUCGGGCUGGUGUGCCCAUGGAAGUCAUGGGUCUGAUGCUGGGAGAGUUCGUGGACGAGUACACAGUCAGGGUAGUCGACGUUUUCGCCAUGCCUCAAAGUGGUACUGGUGUCAGUGUCGAAGCUGUGGACCCUGUUUUCCAAACGAAGAUGAUGGACAUGCUGAGGCAGACUGGACGACCAGAGACCGUUGUUGGCUGGUACCACUCGCAUCCUGGUUUCGGCUGCUGGCUUUCGUCCGUCGAUAUCAACACUCAGCAAUCCUUUGAACAGCUCACUCCCCGCGCCGUUGCCGUGGUCGUCGACCCCAUCCAGUCCGUCAAGGGCAAGGUCGUCAUUGAUGCCUUCCGUCUCAUCCAACCACAGACCGUCGUCAUGGGCCAGGAGCCCCGCCAAACAACAUCCAACUUGGGUCAUCUGAACAAGCCGUCCAUUCAGGCCCUCAUCCACGGUCUCAACCGCCACUACUACAGCAUUGCCAUCGACUACCGCAAGACCGGUCUCGAGGAGAACAUGCUGAUGAACCUGCACAAGCACGUCUGGACGGAGGCGCUGCAGAUGAAGGACUUCCACGAGGAGGGAGAGCACAACGUUGAGCGCAUGAAGCAGCUCGUCAGCCUCGCCGAGGGUUACGAGAAGCGGGUCAAGGAGGAGACCACGCUCACCAAGGACCAGCUUAAGACCAGAUACGUCGGCAAGGUCGACCCCAAGAAGCACAUCGAAGAUGUGAGCCAGCAGUUGAUUGAGGACAACAUCGUAGCCGUCUCGCGGCAGAUGAUUGACAAGGAGGCCUCGGUGGCACGGCAAUCAAACGGCAAGGAAAAUGGCACCGGCAUGGAGGUUGAUGAGGAACUAUAG